AUGGAGGUGAUCGUGGGAGAUUUUGGGAUCGUGGUUGUUCCUCGUGAUGGAGCCGACACAGAGAAGAUCAUGAAUCACUCCUCCAUCCUCCGCAAGUUCAAGGACAACAUCACGGUGGUGAAAGACGGGACGAGCCACCCGAUGUCCAUCGUCAGCUCCACCAAGAGCAGACUGGCCCUGCAGCACGGAGACGGCCAUGUGGUGGACUACCUGAGUCAGCCCGUCAUAGACUACAUCCUGCAGAGUCAGCUGUACAUCAACGCCUCCGGGUAGACCCCCCCGCCAGCAGAGAAACCCUCCAACUUCCUUCUUUGUCUUCUGUGUCAAACAUAUACUCUUCUUUGAGCUUUUCCACACCGGAGCAUUAGUGUCCCUACUUCUGUCUGUGUCAUGACGUUACCAUCAGGGAGGGGGCCGGGAUGGGUGGCGGCCAUUUUGGGAUGGGAUUGGGGUGUUGGUGGGCAGGUCUGGAGGUCUCCUUAAGGGCUGCGGGGGUGUCAUCGAUGCAUUUUCACUGCAGUGGUAACAGCAGUGUUUCCUCCGUUUGUUAUGUCUUUAUUCAAAGUUAUUGGGGUUGCAUGACAUACAACCAGGCAUGCUCUGUGUACCAGGGGGUGAUGGGAAAAAAAAACUUCUGUAUCAGGGUAGCGUUUAGCUAAAAGGCAGCAGGGUUAUUGGGCCUCACGCAAGAACCAAUCGUACUGACAGAUUCGUAAGUGAAAGUGUGAAAUUCCCAAAUUGCCCCCAAUCUACAGUUUUUUCUUUUAUAUGAUUGAAAUAAAGAAGUGGUCUUUUUGUCUCCCAAAACAACUCAUGUCUAUGUCAUAGUUAUCCUUGGAAGGGUUCAAUUCCAGGGCAGCCGGACUGGUUUAAAGGUGCUCUGAGGGUUUCAUCGUCUCUCAUUCGAGAGACUUCAGCAAACAGUUGGGAAACCCAGCUCUUUAAAGGAGAAUUCUGCUCAAUUUCAACACGUAGCUCCGUUGUUGUAACGCUGGAGGUCUGGAGGUCUGUCAGUAGAGAGAGACUAACCAAUCAGGUCUGUCAGUAGAGAGAAACUAACCAAUCAGGUCUGUCAGUAGAGAGAGAAACUAACCAAUCAGGUCUGUCAGUAGAGAGAGAAACUAACCAAUCGGUGCUGUCUACAACGAGUUAUCCUCCUGCUAGCGUUAGCACCAACAGGCUUCAACAGGGCAAGUUAUAAAUGUGUUUUUAGCCUAAUAACAUGCUCAAAAUGUCUCAAAGCCCCCCAUGUGCAGUUUUCCUUCAGAGUUAACACAGUGAAUCUGACUGCUGGAUAUAUAUAUAUAUAUAAUAUAUAUAUAUAUAUAUAUAUAUAUAUAUAUAUAUAUAAACUAUAAAAUGAGUCUGGGCCAAGCAUAGAGCCUUGUGGAACACCAUGACUAACUUCAGCGUGGACUGGAAGCGUCCAAUGUUAUGAAUUCGACAAAAUGAAACCUUUGUUGUAAAUCUUGUCUUUGUAAGUGCGAUAUGUUUGUGGGGCGACCUCCUAGUCUGAAGGACUGGAACUUAAGUUCUUUUAUAUCUUUAUCAGAAGAGACAGCUAAUGUUUCCGCUAAGGGCGCACGAUUCAGAAAAUGUCGCGAUCCAAUAUUGAUUUUUAGGCUCGCGAUUUGAUUCAAAAUCGAUUUUUGAUUGAAAAAUGAUUCUCAAUUAAAAAAUGAUUGACAGCAUGUAUAUGUGGUAGUGUACACGCUAUUAAAAAUGGAAAAAUAAAAUAAAAAUAUGAAUCAAUUUUUCGGAUUCUAUGAAUCGAUUUUGAAUGUGAAUUGAUUUUUUUUGUUCACCCCUAGUAGCUUUCAUUUAUUCAUUGGUUGAUUUAUAUCUUUAUUUUGAACAUGUAAAUAUAAUAAAACAUCAGAAAAAAUAGUAAUCAAAAAACAAACAGCAAAAUAAAACUCCAGAACUUAAAAACCUCUAUUUACACAUGCAGAAAGAAGAAGGGAAGAAGUAAAACUUAUGUACUCCUAUCCCUUUAUACCCUUCUAUAAAGCACUUUAAAAAGAAAACACAUUUUGCACUUGCUUCACAAAGACAAAAACAAAUACACACAAGCAUAAAACACAUAAAUAUACAUAUAUACACGUGGUGAAAAGAUAACAAAAUCUGAAUAGAAACAAGUUAAAACUCGUGAAAUCAAAUAAAAAUAGGUUAAAAACAAUUAAAAGCCAGAGAGUGAAAGUGCAUCUAUAAGUCAGAGCUUGAACAGAUUUAUUUGCACCGAGAGUUUCAAGUUUGCAAAUUCAAUUAAUUUAUUUUAGAAAGCAUUUUAAGAAGCAGACACGGUUUGCACUUACUUCACAAAGACAACAACACACAUAUACAGUAUAUAUAAAUAUACACAUACUGUAUAUACACAAGCAAAAAACACAUGAAUAGACAUAUAAACAUAUAUACAUACGUGCAUGGUGGAAAGAUAACAAAAUGUGAAGCUGAAGCUGGUGGAACAAUAAAGCCAGAGAGUGAACUCUGAACGCAGCGU